AUGAGCAAGGCUCAUCCGCCCGAGUUCAAACAAUUUAUGGACAAGAAGUUAUCAUUGAAAUUAAAUGGUGGCAGGCAUGUCCAAGGGAUACUUCGGGGAUUUGAUCCCUUUAUGAAUCUUGUGAUAGAUGAAUGUGUGGAGAUGGCAACUAGUGGACAACAGAACAAUAUUGGAAUGGUGGUGAUAAGAGGCAAUAGUCUCAUCAUGUUAGAAGCCUUGGAGCGAGUAUGAUAGCUACGUUCAACAGUCUAUCUACAUCAGUUGUUUCUACGCACCCCGCUUUACUACAGUGUAAAAAUGAGGCUAUGUACAUUUUUCACGUUCAAUUUUUUUGGUUAAAUAAACUUUUAUAAUAGUAAA